AUGGCUACUCAACAAGCAUUUGAGAUGAAGCACUGGCAUGGGGGGCAGGAUUUUCGUGAUCCCAAACCCAAUGAGUUGAGAGCAAUGACUAUGAUCGUCACGCGCAUAAAAAUGUACUACCAAACCCCGCAAACCAAGGCGGACCUGGUUAAGUAUGCCCGGGUGAUGUAUAGCCAUCUCCCGGCUGAUGAAAAGCCAAAGGGCCCCGUGGAUGUGAAGCAAUGGGCCAUCGGCCAAGUCAGAGACUUUUACACCGCGCUCUGGGAAAAUUAUCCAAUGAUCGUGAUCGACCAUGUAGCUGGGCCCAAUGGUGCUCCUGGACGUACUCAGAGAGAGGUGGGACAGCCUCACAACUUCGGCAGAGCGAAGUUAUUCUUCAACUCCAAUGUAGGUCCAGGAUGCUAG